AUGGCAUCUCACGAACUAAUUGACGCGCAAUUCGAUCGGGCGGUCGAAAUUGUGCAAAGUCUACCCAAAACUGGCCCUAUCCAGACCGACUACGAAGAGAAGUUGACUAUGUACAGGAGGGACCCUGAGCUCGAUACUGACCUCACUCCAAAAGCAACUGUCGGAAAUGUACAAAAUCCUCGACCAGGGAUGUGGGACAUGCUUGGAAGGGCAAAGUGGGAUGCCUGGGCCAAACAUAAAGACUUGGAUCCUUAUGAAGCCAAAUGGCUCUACGUAGAAGCUUUAUUAAAGGUUCUUCGCAAGUACUCUGAUAAGACCAUUGCUAUGAACCUCGUGGAAGAGUUGGAAUCAUAUGCAGGCGAUCCCUCGGCCCUUGUCAUGAGCCGCAGCACGUUGUCCAAGUCUCCUGCCUCCGACGGCUCUGGUUCAACAGUUUCUGACGGUCAUGUUCCAAUUCCGGGGGCACUCCAUCAACCAGAGAAUGCCCUUGAACAAGGAGAUGAAACUGAAUCUACAUCCGAAGAAGAGUCUGAAGAUGAAGCUCAUGAACUCCCACCAGUCAGCAAUACCGGAAGGGCGUCUGUGGAAAACCGCCCACAAUCUUCGCUGUCCUCGCAACGCUACCGCACCCCUCUUGCAGGAUCUCUUGCCAUGUCUCCUCCCCCGUCUCACCUACAGCGCUCUCUAUCUCAACAACCGCAACCCACCUUCGAAACGCCGUCUGCCUUUGCCGAACCUAUACCCCACGCGACCAGUACUCCUCCUUCUUCCUAUCACCAAUACUACCCCGAAGCCCAUGCACACCGCGGAAAGGCCCCGUCUCGUGGUCAGAUGCACCCUCAGUCGCCGUACUUCGAUACGAACCAACAGCGGCCAAUGACGGAAUUAGAACGGGCUGUAGAAAACGUGCAAGUUCAUCUGGCUGCACUGUCGGAACGCCUUGAAACUCUGGAGUCGCGUUCUUUGCUUCUCUCGCGUUCGAAUAUGGCCGGCAGCCCUCGACGCGGAGGAGGAUCUCCUUCGUGGCGUGGUGGAUACCGAUCCCCAAGAGAUGGGAAUGGAGCCCCGCAAUGGGAUAUUGACGACCUCGGAAUGUGGUCCAUCGUCCUCAAUCCGUUGUCUCGUGGACUGGACCGCCUUCGAGAAUUCGCGACCUUCUUUGCAACCAACGAGAAUCGCUCUCCGUCGAUGACCAUCAUCCGUCGACUGUGCCUUGACGUCUCUUUCUUGGUCUGCGUCGUUGCCGUUAUUGGCGCCGUGUGGAGAAAGAGCGGCGUUCGGAGACGAGAGGUCAAAGCUGCUCUCGUCGUUCUAUGGAGGGCAAUUAUUGGAUCGAAAUCGCAGAGAGAGCUUACACAGCGCGGGGUCUGA